AUGAGGGUCGACGUGGAAAGGUGCCCUCCGAACGCUCUCGUGUGGCUGAGGCAAGUUGGCAGUGGCUGCGGCUUCAUUGCCGUGACGGUUGAGGGUAAGCUUUUGUGGUUCUCCGGUAUGCACCAAGCGAGUCGUGUGGGGAACUGGCGCUGCGACUUGGUCAACCCGUGUGUCACCCACAACGCCCCUGUCUUUGAUGUUGGGUAUGUUUCCAUUGACAAUGAAAGCAAACUGUACUAA